GAUCCGGACUUUGGUGGAACCCAUCGGAGAGAACCGAAACCGAAGCUGACCGCGAAAUUGACAUCACCGAUUUAUACCUAAAGCUUUCAAUCGUACCUAACAGUAUCUUUCAACUACAAUUCUGAGCCUCAAACUGAAUAAAAUGGCCUCUGAUACUGAUAUUCAGAAAACUUCUCUUGCCGGUCGCAUGAAACAAUAUGAAGCACAAUUUGAUUUCGCGCUGCCCACUUCAUCCCCCGUUGUCUUACGUUUAGAUGGGCAUAACUUUUCUCGUUUCACGGCGCAAUCACAUUUUCAACGGCCUUUCGAUCAGCGAAUUCAUGAUGCUAUGGUAGCAACAUGUUCCGACUUACUAGAUUACUUCCCUCGCGCUACUAUCGCAUAUACACAAUCCGAUGAAAUUACUUUGGUGUUUCCGGAUGGUGUUCAGCUUUUUAACGAGCGUUUGCAAAAAUUGGCAUCCCUAGCUGCAAGUAAUUGUAGUGUGCGAUUCAAUGUACACCUGACGGCCGCGUUGAGCAAGGACAUGGCGAUUGCGCCUAUAGGGGAAGAUGUUCCACGUAACACCGCACAUUUCGAUGCACGAUUCUUUGCCGUUCCAACUGUUGAAGAGGCAUUAAAUUGCAUUUUAUGGCGAUGUCGCGGUGAUGCAGUCAGAAAUAGUGUUAACGCAUUUGCAAGAACAUUAUUCAGUCAAAAUCAAUUGCAUGGGAAGACAAAUGCGGAAUUAAUUGAAAUGAUGCGACAGGAGAAGGGAGUAAUCUACGAAGAAGCAGUACCAAAGUGGGCUAUUGAAGGUUGUCUCGUGAAGAAGGAAUCAUAUCAACAUGAUGGUUUAAAUCCGCGAACGAAUCAAGUAGAAAAAGCGAUAAGAACUCGAGCGAGGGUUGAAAAUAGAGGAAUUCGAGAGUUCUCUACGGAAAACCUCAGACUAGUGACGGAGAAAUAUUGGAAUGAACCAAUUCCUCCUCAACUUCCAAAGCCACCUCCUCAAUCCCCAGACUUGGAACGAUCAAGACCACCACCCCCUCGGCUUCCAAGGCCAAUAACACCAAGUAUGGUCAACAAUACUAACAAUAACUCCAUUUCAACAGCUAACGCCACUAUCUUUGGACCAAAUGUUUAUAUCUUCAAUCCUCAAAUGCCGAUGGUUGAUAUCCAAGCUAAAGCAACAACCAUUUUUAGACAAAUGGAAGCUAAUGAAUUUGGAACUGAACGAUACGCCUUACUCUUCAAACCUGGUACCUACAAUGUACUCUUCGAUGUUGGCUUCUAUACGCAUGUAGCAGGAUUGGGUCAGAACCCGGAUGAUGUCUUAAUUGAAGGUGGCGUUAAUGUUCCAGCGUAUUGGAUGCCAAAUCGAAAUGCGACCUGUAACUUUUGGAGAGCAUUUGAGAACUUCUCCAUCAAUGCCUCGGCGGAAACCAACAAUACAACUACGAUAGCUGUAUCACAAGCUGCACCAUUACGACGUAUGCAUAUCCGAAGUUCGGGUGGUCUUUGGUUAUUCCAGGUAGAUCCAAGUACUGGAGCUGGAGGAUGGGCUUCGGGAGGUUUCAUGGCUGAUUCGAUUAUUGAUCAACAAGUACUUCCUGGUUCACAGCAGCAAUGGUUAUCCCGCAACAAUAAAUAUGGUAGUUGGGCCAAUGCUGUAUGGAAUAUGGUAUUUGUUGGCGACUUCAAUGCCCCCGGUCAAGAUAAUUUCCCAGCAUCUGCUUAUACCACUGUGGAUAGGACUCCAGUCAUUCGAGAGAAACCUUACCUUUACAUUACAAGCCAAGGCCAAUAUGAAGUAUUCGUACCUGCUUUGCAGACGAAUGCACAAGGACCCAGUUGGACCAAUGGUGCGACAUCUGGCAAAUCCAUUCCCAUCGAUCAGUUCUAUAUAGCUCCACCAUCUACUGCGACUGCGACUAGUAUAAACUCGGCAUUAGACUCUGGGAAACAUAUCCUUUUCACACCAGGCAUCUUCCAACUUGACAAUGCAUUACGUAUUUCUCGCGCCGAUACGAUCAUUCUAGGUCUAGGGAUGCCUUCACUUGUACCUAUCAGUGGCCAAUCGGUUUUGACUGUGGCUGACGUAGAUGGUGUCACGAUCGCGGGACUUAUACUUGAUGCAAGUCAGAUUAAUUCACCCUCACUUGUUGAAGUCGGUCCUCCGAAUAGUUCAAUCGAUCAUGCAUCAAACCCCACGUUUCUUUAUGAUCUAACAGUACGAACUGCUGGUCAUACUAGAAACGAUAUCGGAAUCGCCAUCAAUAGUCAUAAUGUAAUUGGUGACCAGCUAUGGUUAUGGCGUGCUGACCAUGGCGAUGGUGCAGCGUGGACUGUUAACCCUACGAAGAAUGGUGUAGUGGUUAAUGGCGACAACGUAACGAUUUAUGGAUUGUUCAAUGAACACCAUCAAGAAUACCAAACGUUAUGGAAUGGAAAUGGUGGUCGACUUUAUUUCUAUCAAUCCGAAAUUCCAUACGAUCCACCUAAUCAAGAAUCUUGGAUGAGUAAGAACGGAAGGGCUAAUGGAUUCGCCUCUUAUAAAGUUGCUGACAACGUAACAAUUCAUGAAGCUUGGGGAUUGGGUAUUUAUUCCUACUUUCGUGAUUCUCCUACGAAACUGGAGAAUGCUAUUGAAGUGCCCGAAGUCGGUGGAGUAAAAUUACACCACAUGACAACUGUUUGGCUUACCGGUAUGCCCGGAAGUGAAAUCACUCAUAUUAUUAACGGAAACGGUGGUCGUGUCUAUGCUAAUAACCCCGAGUCCGCAAUGCGUCAGACAAUAAAUGAAUUUGGGAGGCAGCAACAAGGCGUGAUUAAUAGCUAGACAAAUAAUAGGCUUAAUAAUAAAAAAAAAUGAGGGGUUUCCAAGGGGUUUCCAAGGGGUUUCUUUAGAUGAUAUCUAGUAUAGAUUUAAAUUGAUUGGUUGUCUUGGUUUUGUACAAA